CCGCCUCAAAUGCAAGUUGUGCGGGCAUGAGUUCACAAGUGGGCAACCCCGUGCAGUCGACCACUUCACUUGGAAGAGGAAGACUUCUCGUUGCCCCCAUGGGACCCUGACAAUCUGGAGGAGGCUGCGGGAUGUUGGGGCGAAAUUGCCUCCAGACAUGUUGGAGUUGGUGCAGCAGGCGGAGGAGGAGGAGCAGAGCAGCGCGGAGAGAGAUGUUGCAGUGGAUGACAUUGGGGAGGGAGAGAGACACGUCGGGGCUGGUGGAGAGUCACGUCCACAAACUUGCAGCGGGGUGGAGGACGUUGGGGGGGGGGGCUGCUGCCUUGCGAAGCGUAUGUGGGCGGGGGGGGGACCAUGGCCAUCUUCAGGCAGCACAUGCGGUUGUCCGUACGCAUGGACGGGCGAAGCAGGCUUCAAUUGCUAGGUGGGCCAAAAACCCGCGACAAAAGGACAUCGACGAUAGCUGCAUCGGGUUUUUCGUGGAAAAUGCAAUCCCCUUCAACGUGGCGAGGAGUAGGAGCUUCAAGAAGUUCGUGAACACUUGCUAUCGACCGCAACCGGCUGCUAAACAUCCUUUGCUUCCCACUGGGUACAACCCUCUCAGGUGCUGUCUUCAAGACGGCUUGCAGCGCAGGUUGACUAAGGAGGAGCAGGCGAUUCGAGAUGAUUCGGAAAUCACAAGCUGCACCUUCAUCACCGACGGCACAACGGACAUCUGUGGGCGGUCGUUGGUCAACUACAUCCUCGCAGGCUUGUCGAAGCCUCUGUUUAUCAAAUGCGAGGACGUCAGCGAUCAGGAGAAGGAUGCUGCUGCUGUUGUGGAGGGAUGGAAGAGGUUUUUUCGGGACAUCGGGGUUGAGAAGAUCACGACAAUUUGCACGGACUCCUUCUCCGGCAACAAGAGUGCGGCAACCAUGUUGAGGGAGGAUCCACAGUUCCAGCAGAUCUACCGGAUCCCAUGCACUGCACAUUGCAUGGACUUGUUCAUGCAGGAUGUGGGCGAUCAGCCGUGGGCAACAAACGCAAUCAAGAAAACGAAUAAGGUAGUCAAGUUCUUUAGGAACCACAGACGGCCACGGUCUGCAUUGCGCAUAGAGCUCACAAAGCAAAAGGGCCAGAAAGUCAGAGUUAUCCUUCGGCCUGCGCAGACGAGGUUCGGCACGCACUAUGUGAUGCUGGAUCGACUUAUCACGUGCGAGAAAGUUGUUCGUCGCGUGGUGCUGGCGGACUCGUGGACAGACAUGGCGAGCCAACCGUACUUGAGGAGGGAUGCUGCAGAGGUGGAGAAACUUGUCACUGACAAAGCCUUCUGGGAUGAGAUAAGGAAGUUGCAUGCAGUGUUGGCGGAGUCGUACAAGGUGCUCUGAAUGGUUGAAAAGGACAUCCACUGCCUGUCCCAUGUGUA